AUGAAUGCAGUACUUGUAGUCUUAUGUUUUCCUUCUGUCUUUGGAAUAAGGAGUGCCAGGGAAAUAAAAGCUGACGAUUCUACUCAUAAGCUUAAAGAGUUUUCAAAUGACAUAAUUAACUUCGAUGAGAAUUUUGAGAAUCCAUUCUCACUUCCGGAAGUUCCAGUUGGGUGGGACGGAAAAGAUUACAAAUUGAACUUUCGUGGAAAUACACUGGGGUUUAAACUUCGAAGGGCUCCUAUACCUAAAGCUGGAUUUCCUUGGCCAAAGCCACAGAGAUAUUUCUCCGACUCCAAUAAACUUUAUCGGCUACAGAAGGGGAAACUCGAUAUCAAGAUACCUUCAUCAAGCUGUAACACAUUGCAUGAAGCCAUCAGUCGUUAUAAGAAGUAUAUAUUUACAUGUACAAAUGAUAGAUUCCGAAAUAACCUACGAAAUAUAUUUGACAGGGAUCUAAGAAAGAAAUUGCUUCGUUCUACAGAGAAUUCAUUCAGUUUGAAGAUGAUAACCUCAUUUGUGUUUGAUAUAAAGCAGUGUACCUACUUACCCUCUCUUUCUGCAGAUGAAUCAUAUAAGCUUACAGUCAACGAACACGGAAUCUCAAUAGUUGCAGGAGAUGUCUGGGGCGCUCUAAGGGGACUGGAAACACUCAGUCAUAUCACUGUCUGCAGUCAUAAUAAGGUCAUACUGAAAGAUACAGAAAUCGAAGAUUUUCCCCGAUUUCCACACAGAGGCAUCAUGGUUGAUACUGCCAGACAUUUUAUGAGUAAAGAAACGCUCUUCCAGAUUAUGCGAGGAAUGGAGAUGAACAAAAUGAACGUCAUGCACUGGCAUCUCUCGGAUGAUCAGUCCUUUCCUUUCCAAAGCAAAGUUUUCCCAGAACUGAGUGUAAAGGGAGCUUUCCAUCCCUCGCUGGUCUACACACAUGAUGACGUGAGAGAGAUCAUAGAGUUUGGGAGACUGAGAGGAAUACGGGUUAUUCCCGAGUUUGACACACCAGCACAUACCCUCUCCUGGAGUUUCAGUAAGCCAGAAUUACUUACUCAGUGUUACCAUCAAGGACAACCUGUACCAGCUUUGAUGGGACCGAUGAACCCAGCACGGAACAGUACAUAUUUGUUCCUGCGAGAAUUCUAUAAAGAAGUUCUAGGUUUAUUUCAGGACCAGUUCGUUCAUGUUGGUGGUGAUGAAGUGCCUUUUGAGUGCUGGAAUUCAAAUACUGAAGUAGUAAGCUUUGCAAAAGAAAUGGCGAGAUUCUCCAAAGAAAAUCACGUAGGGAAGAUGUUCAACGGAAACAAUCAAGAUAUGAUAAGAAUACUGGAUUAUUUCACAAAAAGGUUGAUAGCAGAUAUUAAAGAUACAGCUAAACAGAAAAACAAUGAUGUCCGGUUUAUUGUAUGGGAAGAAGCCUACACGAAAAAACUCAGUAUUUCAGAGAAUACAGUUGUUCAGUUGUGGUAUGGUGGACAAGACAGCGUAUCCAGCAUUACGGCUGAUGGCUUCUCUGUUAUUUAUUCAUCCUGUUGGUAUCUGGAUCAAGUAAUUCCAGGCAUACAAUGGCAGAAAUUUUACACAUGUGACCCAGUGUCACAGCGAAACAUGGAAGGAACUUUCAAAAAGAUUGUUUUCUCUUUUUCCCUUGAGCAGAAUUUAAAGGAAAUUUGUCUAAGGUUUUACGGUGAAGUCUGCAUAUGGAGCGAACACAUCACUAAUGAAGAUGUUUUAGUCAAAUUGUGGCCUAUCGCGUCUGCGGCUGCUGAAAGGCUUUGGAGUGCUCCAUCUGUGACUAAUGUAGAAGAAGCUGCGCCUCGUCUAGAGGAACAAAGAUGCCGAAUGCUUAGAAGGGGAAUUCCUGUGGGAAGUUCAAGUGGGCCUGGUUUUUGUAUAGUUCAAGAGCAUUCGCCUCAAGAUUUUAGUUUCGGAACAUAUACAAAGAACAACUUUAUAGUACAUUCCAAGAGACGUUAUAAGCAUUUACCAGGUAUAUCCUUCGUUAUAUCCAUCCUUGGGAUUUUAGCCUGUGUUUAUGUCUCCAAAAGAACGUUCCUUUAUAAAAUUGUGGGUCUAUUAAGAGGACGAAGAGGAAAAUAGUCUCGAUGAAUAUAUUUCUUACAGUGACGGACAGUAUCAGGCGAACGCAAUGAGUGCAUUAAAAGUAAAAAUAAAUUAUCUGAUAUUGUGUUCUGUAUCACCUGUUAAGAAAGUAAUAUGUCAUCGGAUGGAGAAAUUAUUCAUAAAUUGACGAUCAACAUUUCGGUUGACCAACACAAGAAAAACAAGGGCAUUUGUUUUACUAUGUCCGAGGAAAACAUACAGGAAAUACAGGUAACAUCCUGUGUAUAUUGAGAGGUUUACACAAGCCAGCGUGGUUCCCUCGGGGCUUCACAACUGCUUCAAUAAAGCUCCACCCUACACCAAACUUACCCGAGGAAAACCGACCGGUUGAAAAUCUUGGCCUCAAGCCAAAAAAAUUUCAGAACUACCGAAGAAACACCUUCUAUGGAUAAAAUUCUCAUUGGAAUCCUAGUUUGAGUGUAAAAUCGUUAUUUUGAAAUACAUGUUAACGCAAGUCUUGACAGAGCAAUGAAAUUUGUUUUGAUAUUUACUAUUUUUGUCCAAUCAAUUUCAGAUGUUAAAAAUUUUGGGCAUUUUUGUUUAAACAGAAAUUAUGCAAUGCCUGGAUUGAUAAGCAUCUUUUUACUAUACCAAACAACCAAUGAAGUGUAUCGGUCAUGCAAAAAACCAAAUUAGCAGGAAAGUGCAAAAUUUAAAUUAAUCCAAAUUCUGCAGCUUUAAAUAAAGAAAAUAACAUGGAAAAACUCAGAGGAAUGAAAAGUAAUUCGAAUUAAAUCAGGACACUUAUUCUCUUUUUCUUUUUCGAAUCUCAGCAUCUUCAAAAUGAUAUAGAAAUUCAUAAUAAAAUGGCACUGUACUUUAUU